AUGCCAACAACAAAUCAACACACCGUCUCAUCUCCUCUCCCUCUCCUCCAUGCACCGCGCCUCCCAUCGUUGCCGUACUCCGAUCGCGUCCAACUCAAGGCUCUGCUCGCCCAACCGGACUUCGCCGCCGGACAGCGUGUGGUUGUCGGCGGAUGGGUGAAGUCGGCCAAGGAGGAAGAGAACCCGACGGCGCCGAAUCCGUCAACCAGAACGGAUGACGCCGCCAGAGACCGUAGGAGCAAGGACGUGUCGUGUGUGGAGAUUCUGCAAUCGCGGAUACCGUUGAUUCGGAACCUAUGGGAUGUGUUCGGAGGAAGCGGUCACGCGCAGCACAAGAAACGUGAGUCUGCUCUGACUGUGCCGAAUCAGACAAAGGCUUUUCCUCCAAAAAUUGCGCGUCUGCUUCUAACGGAUGGGUCAUGCGUCCAAAGCCUUCAGGUUGUCGUGGAUUCCUCGGUUGCAAACCCAAGCCGGCUCAUGCCUACUGGCACGUGUCUAUUAGUGGAAGGUCAACUAAAACGAAUAGAGGGAAAGCAUGAUAUUGAGCUUAAAGCGGAAAAAGUCCAUCACAUUGGGACUGUAGAUUUUGAUAAGUACCCAUUAUCAAAAAAACGAAUUCCACUGGAUACAUUGAGAGAUUACUCCCAGUUUCGGCCUCGAACAACCACGGUGGCAACUGUCAUGCGGAUUCGUAGUGCUCUCUCUUUUGCAACCCACACAUUUUUCAAUGAACAUGCAUUUAUUGAUGUGCACGUACCCACUAUAACUACCACAGACUCAGAAGGAUUUAGCAACAUGUUCAAGGUUACCACCCUGGAUCAGAAUCAGAAAGCAGAGAAGGAGAAACUAGAAACUAUUUAUGAGAAUGAAGGUGUUAGACUUGAACAUGUGAAGGCAGCUGUAAAAGAGAAAAGCAACAUAGUUGAGCAUUUGAAAAGAACUGAGAGCAAUAGGGAAGCACUGGCAGCUGCAGUUCAGGAUCUGAAGAAAACAAAUGACCUGGCAUCACAAUUGGAAGCAAGAGAAAAGAAGUUAGGAACAUCUUUAAAGGAUGAUAAAGUCGACUCUUCCAAGGAUUUCUUCCCUUUCCAAACUUAUUUGACUGUCUCUGGUCGCUUGCAUCUGGAGAGUUAUGCAUGUGCACUUGGAAAUGUCUACUCGUUUGGACCCAGAUUUCUAGUAGAUAAAACGAGUUCUGCCAAAAAUGCUGCAGAAAUGUGGAUGGUUGAGGUGGAAAUGGCUUUUUCUCAGUUGGAGGAUUCCAUGAAAUGCGCUAAUGACUUUUUCAAGUACCUCUGCAACUGGGUUGUGAACAAUUGCUCUGAAGAAUUGAAAUUUGUUGCAAAAAGAAUUGACAACACCUGUUUCGAUCGUCUUAAGGGUAUUAGAUCAGAUUCUUCUAAGAUGACCUAUCAUGAAGCCAUAGAUCUUCUUAGAAAGUCAUCCUCCCAGACUGAAGAUAAGAAAUUUGAAACAAACUUUGAGCCAGGUUUGGUACUCACUUCAGAGCACCUAAGUUAUCUAGCUGAUGUCAUAUGCAAGAAUCCGGUAAUAAUAUACAAUUAUCCAAAAGAGGCUAAGCCAUUUUACGUUCGCCAGAAUGAUGAUGGAACUGUUGCUGCGUUUGACUUGGUAGUCCCUAAGCUUGGAACAAUAAUUUCUGGUAGCCAAAACGAGGAACGUCUUAACAUGAUAAGCUCCAGGAUUGAUGAAUUAGGUUUGGCAAGAGAGAAGUAUGAAUGGUACCUAGAUCUUCGUAGAAACGGAACAGUGAAUAACUCUGGGUUCACUCUAAGGUUUGAUCUUAUGGUCCUCUUUGCAACUGGCCUUGGCAAUGUGAGAGACGUCAUUCCUUUUCCAAGAACCUAUGGCAAGGCCGACAAUUAA